AUGAGUGACUCUUAUGAAAGGUUAGAGUCGCCCUAUUACAAAGAGGCGCUGGAUCAAUACAAAGAGUUGAGCCAGGAGGAAGAUCCAGAUGCGUGGGAUGCAAGAAUUUCAAAGACUGGUUGCUACGUUGAGAACCUGGCCUUGCAACUCUGCCACGCAGAGACUAAUGACUGGAGACAGUGCUUGAGAGAAAUGGGGUUUUUUAGACAAUGCUGGGACUCCAAAGGUAACAGAGAUAGGGUUAAAACAGUGGAUCGUUGA